AUGACGAACGAAAUUUCAUUGGAAAACAUUCUUCGUCGAUGUAAUGAUUUAGGCCGUUUUCAAAUCUUACAUUAUGUUUUCUUGAAUUUAAUCACACUUGGCAGUGGAAUAACAACCUAUUACUAUAUCUUCGGUGUUGCGGAACCAUCCUAUCGGUGUCGAUUGCCAUCGAGCGUUUGGCCUGGUAAUGACCAAUAUCAGGCAUGGGAUGCGACACAUCAAUAUUUGAUUAAUCAAUCGCAGCAAAUAUCAAAAUGUCAGGAUAUGAAUGGAACGAGUUGUAAGAAUUUUGUUUAUGAUCGAAGUAUAUUUGGUUGGACAUUUACGGAAGAAGGCAACUUUGUGUGUGAAAAUGCAUUGAGAAAAACUUGGCUUUCGACGAUGUAUCAAUUUGGCGGAUUUGUUGUUCUACUAAGCGGAUAUAUUUGCGAUCGAAUUGGUCGACAGAAAAUGAUUCGAAUAUUAACUCUGUUUUUAUUUAUCAUUCCGUUUUUAAUUCAAUUAAUACUUUCAAGUUUUCACAUGAAUAUAAACACCAAAUUUAUUCUUCUAUCGAUCAAUCAGCUGUUUUCAAGUAUUGAUGCAUAUCCAAUGGUUUUUCUUCUUCUCAUGGAAUUAACAUCUUCUUCUCAUACAAGUCUUGCUGGUAAUUCAGCUCUCAUUGGAUUUAUUAUCGGUGAAAUCAUUGUCACUAUCUUUGCUUAUAUGACCCGUGACUGGUUACGAUUGAAAUGGGUGAUAACCGGCUAUUUUGCACUUAUUCUUCCAUAUCUUUACUAUGUACCUGAAUCACCCUAUUGGCUAUAUACGAAAAAGAAGUAUAAUCAACUGGAAGUAUGUUUGAGAAAAAUUGCUCGAAUCAAUGGUCAUUCUGACGACGAUUGGUAUCCGUAUUAUAAGCAAUUAAUUUGCGAUCCACGUCUUGCUAUUUUAAGUACAAAACGUGCAUCACGAAAAAGUAAAGAAAUUAUUCUUCAGCAUUUACCACGACUAUGUCUCUGCGCUUACAUUGGCUUUGUUACUAUGCUUUUAUAUAUUAAAAUUUCUUAUGGACUUGCUGCCAUGUCUGAUGUUGUUAGUCCGUAUUGGAAUAUUGUUAUUGGUGCCAUUGUUGAAGGCAUUGGUUAUGUGUCUGCAAGUAUUUUAAUAACGACAGACUUAGGUCGAAAGAAAUCUUUGAUCAUUUACUCGCUGUUAACCUGUCUAUGUGUGUUUAUUAUUCCAUUUCUGAUGGAAUCCUAUCCAAUUGCCACGAUUAUUGUAUCACAAAUGGGUAAACUUACAAUCAGUGGCGCUGUUUCGAUAACAUGGAUCUUUGUUCCCGAAAUAUUUUCUACGUCCAUGCGUGGAAUUGCUAAUGGAGUAUUCGUAUUUGCUGGGCGUAUAGGUGCAAUCCUAGCGCCGAUAGUUGAUGUGGCGCUUGGUCAACACUACAUCAAAAUCACGUUUUAUAUGUAUUCAUUUUUGACAAUUAUUCAAGUUUUUCUCAUUCAUUUCUUACCAGAAACUCGCAAUCAUUCAUUUCAUACCGAUGAAGAUGAAGAGAAGGAGAUCGACGAUCAAAUUGCCAUCUCGAAUGCAACUAUCGAACGAUCGAUCGUAAAUGGUACAAUUCAUACGAAAUUCUGA